ACCUGUUGCAUGGCAACCUGUUGAAUUGACUGUAUGUUUGUUGUGAUGUUUAAAGAGGAAAAACAGCUGUUGCCGGUCACGGACGUGGUCAGUAUAAAGUACAGUACUUAUAGCAUCGACAUGGAGUUCGUUAGCGGGAGUAAAAACGCCUCGGCGGAGGAAGCGAACACUGAAACAGCGGAGGGCUGUCUCAGUUUGUGCGGGAUGUGUCCGAGUUGCGUCUUUGCCCCCAAACCACCGGGUUCCAGUCGGUGUCUGUGGAAGGUGUCGGAUGAGUUCAAACGGAGAUUCAUGCUGGCGCUCCUUUUACGUUGUAGGAGCGUCAAAGCGCUCGAGAGCAUCCAAGGUGUGCUGCGUGGCGCAACGUCGUGGACGCUGCACACUUACGCCAGGUCAAGAAGACCCCUCUCGCCUCCGUAUCACCCCUUCCACUGUUCGCAGCCGGCGCUGGAUGGAGAACCUCUCGGAGUGAACGUGAAGGAAAUCUGGCAGUGGUUCAGCAGCAGUCCAGACUGGGUCAAGUUAAGCUACGUCUGCCGUAUUUUUUCACGGUGUGACUCGGAACUUUUACAGAUGGUCUCCAACCUGACCAAUGUGCUCCUGGUCAGACAGAAAAGAGGAUUUCUGCAGCUUCAUGUGAGUAAUAACAAUCAGGAGGAGUCAGAGGACCCCGCGCUGAUGGUGGUGCCGGGAUCCUCCAAGUCUGUGUCUGGAGUCAGCCGACACCGCGACUUCAUCAGCUGCCUACCUGUUGAUUUGUCCAAGAGGAUAUUAGGGCUGUUAGGGAAGCAUACUUUGAUGUGCUGCAUGGCAGUUUGUCGGUACUGGCAGCACCUCGUGCAGGAAACCUUGGAUGAAAUGAAGUUCCGAAGAAAUUUCCAGGGCGAAAUUAUUUCCAUGAUGAAGCGCUGCAGUAAUGUUAAUACAGUCAGUCCUACUUAUGCCAACACUGUUGAAGUCCCUGUGCCAAGAAAGGCGGAUGAUGAAGAAGAUAUUCAGUCUGCUGUCCACGAGCUCCAGCCAUUUAAAUCUGCUUAUGCAAACAUCAGAACCACAGCAGUGCAGAUGGAAGAGCGAAAUGUUUACUGCGGUGCAUAUUUUACCAAAGUGCUGCUGGACAACGAGGACCCUCACCGGGUGUUGGACUACAGAGGAGGACCGCUGAUGGCCACCGGCUCAAAGGACCGCUUGGUGCGUCUGCUUUAUGUGGCGUCACAAAUAGAAGACGUGUCAGUGCUGAAAGGACAUGUUGGAAGCAUUCGGGCGGUGCUGCUCCGUGAGGACAGAGAUCUGCUGAUAACCGCAAGCUCCGAUGCAAGCAUCAGGUGUUGGAAUUUGAAGACCGACAGGUGUGACAUGGCGCUGUACGGCCACUCUGGCGCCAUCAACUGUCUGGAUGCUGACGCUGACAGGCUCGUCUCAGGAGCUAAGGACUGUGCAGUUAAAGUGUGGUGUCUGCAGACCGGGAAGCAUUUUGAUCAUUUUAAUUUCAAGCACCCCAGCCCUGUCCUGUGUGUGAAGAUCAGCAAAACAGCCAUCUACAGCAGCUGUAAGAGGGGCCUCAUCAGGAAGUGGGACAUGGGGAAAGCAGCACUGCUCAGGGUGAUUGAUGCCCACAGGAGCGCAGUGAAGUGCCUGUUCCUUGACGAAAGGCACCUUCUGUCUGGGGACUCUAGUGGCAAAGUCAUGGCAUGGAGCAUCAACCAUAAUGUUGAGAAGUGUCUCAUGACCUUUGGCCACCAAAAGGAGGUCAGAUCUCUCACGCUGGUCUACCUUCGUGUCGUUACUGGCUGCGUGGACGGAAAGAUUCGCAUAUUUAAUUUCCUCACUGGAGAUUGUUUGAGAGAGAUCACAGCAGAGACUGUAACAGGUCGUAUACUGUCCCUGCACUUCCUUGACCAAAGUAUAUUAGUGAACACAAUAUACAGUGUGAAGCUCUACCAGUUUGCCAAAGUGUUCUGGGAUUAUGCCAGUUCACCGCGGGGAGACCACUGUGAUAGUUUGGUGUCUGAGAAAUCUGCAGCUUCUCUCACAGAGUGUGCUGACGUGGCACAGCCGCCUUCAACUGCCCAAAAGAUCAGCAGCUAUAGCCAUAUGAAACCAAAGAGAGUGGAGCUGCUUCAUCAGACCCCCACCCCGUCCUCCCCCACUAAACGUCAAACACAACCCAGAGCGCGCAGUGAGACUGCUAAUCCAUCAGUGAUGCUGAGCGAGAAGGCAGCAAGUGAACGGAUAAAAAAGAGGGGCCUUCAUCAUCCUCUCACACAGGACUGCAUCCACCUCCGGGUCAACGCUGUCCAGACGGCUCACCGCACGGAAGAAGCCAUCAUCAACAUGGAGAGCAACGCUAGGCUGAGAGAUUCGUGGGGUCCUCACACAGAGCGUCCACAUGAUGGUCAUCCCAGCAGGGCCAAGACCUGCGUCCCGGUUGUGAAAAGAGCUGUCACUCAAAAUAUGACAAAGAAACCACAAGGCAGAGAUGUUUCAACUGCCCUUGGGACCACGAGGAGAGCCUUAUAGUGUUCACACAGACACACACAGGCCACUCAAGAGGAGGCUGCAGACUUUUAAAUCACAAAUAAAUCCAAAAUAUUACAAAAAAACAAGCACCAGUUUACCCAGGAUUAAUUCUUUGAGUGCAGAGGAUUCAGUGACACAGGCAGAAGACUCUGAACAAGCCAAGAGAGAUUCAAUGAUGCUGGGAAGAAGGACAAAAUGUGCAUUAAUGGAUGAUUUAUCGUUAGUGUUUAUAUCAGCACUGCAUAAUGUCCGCUUUUAAAGUCUUUUUAUCCAAUACACGUUACUUUGAAAUGUGUUGUUUCAUUAAAUUUCCACUAGAGGUCAGUAUUGUACCAUCUGAUUAGUGUUUGAAG